AUGGCAUUCGCGCCCGUCGAUAAUCCACCGCACAAGCGCGAGGACAAGAAAAGGGUCGCAUAUUUUUACGACUCCGACGUGGGCAACUAUGCCUACGUAUCAGGUCAUCCCAUGAAGCCUCACAGAAUACGGCUGGCUCACUCACUGGUGAUGAAUUAUGGCCUGUACAAGAAGAUGGAAAUCUACCGCGCAAAGCCUGCUUCCAAGUAUGAAAUGACCCAGUUUCACACCGACGAGUACAUCGACUUCCUCGCAAAAGUCACACCCGACAACAUGGACUCGUAUCAAAAAGAGCAGCAAAAAUAUAAUGUUGGUGAUGAUUGUCCGGUUUUUGACGGCCUCUUUGAGUUCUGCGGGAUCAGCGCUGGUGGUUCCAUGGAAGGCGCUGCUAGAUUGAACCGCCAAAAGGCAGACAUUGCUAUCAACUGGGCUGGCGGGCUGCAUCACGCUAAGAAGUCGGAAGCCAGCGGAUUUUGUUAUGUCAACGACAUUGUUCUCGGCAUCAUCGAGCUUCUGAGAUUCCAUAAGCGAGUCCUUUACAUCGACACCGAUGUCCACCAUGGUGACGGCGUCGAAGAAGCGUUCUAUACCACCGACAGGGUCAUGACUGUGUCUUUCCACAAAUACGGGGAAUAUUUUCCAGGGACCGGCGAGCUCAGAGACAUUGGCGUGGGCUCGGGCAAAUACUACGCGGUCAAUUUCCCUCUUCGAGAUGGGAUUGAUGAUUCAUCCUACAAGGGCAUUUUCGAGCCGGUUAUUCGAGCUACCAUGGAGUACUAUCAACCCUCCGCCGUGGUGCUGCAGUGUGGAGGCGAUUCUCUCUCCGGCGAUCGACUGGGCUGUUUCAACCUCAGCAUGAGGGGCCAUGCAAAUUGUGUUAGAUUUGUCAAAUCCUUCAACCUUCCUACCCUCAUCCUUGGUGGCGGCGGUUACACCAUGCGUAAUGUCGCAAGAACGUGGGCUUACGAAACUGGGUGCCUGGUGGGCGAGUUCAUGCAGCCAAAUCUUCCGUACAACGACUAUUAUGAGUACUACGCUCCUGACUACGAACUGGACGUCCGUCCGUCGAACAUGGAAAAUGCAAAUUCGAGAGAAUACCUCGAAAAAAUUCUCGGUCAAGUGCUGGAGAAUAUGAAGAGGACCGCUCAUGCGCCGUCAGUGCAAAUGACAGACGUACCCAGAGAUUCCCUAGGCAUGAAUGACGAAGACGAAGCUGCCCUUGACGAUCUAGACGAAGACCAGAACCCUGACACACGCAUUAGUCAACGCAAGGCAGACAGCUAUGUCCAGAAAAACGGUGAGCUUUCGGACAGCGAGGACGAAGAAAUGGAGGAAGUAAAUGGUCGCCCAUCAGCCAGCCGGAAACGGCGUAUCAUGCAGAAUUACCGACAUAUCAUGGACGUGGGAGGCCAUGACUCGGGUAUGGAAACACGGAGUGGGACAGGAACACCGCAACAGGCGUCGAGUCUACCGGACGAAGCAGCAGAUGAGAUGAAUGUGGAUGAGGAACUGGACGAUAAGGUCGACCAGCAGACACCGAGUCCUUCAAAUGGUGAACAGCAGGUCAAUGGUUCUGCUGCCGCUUCUGGUCUACAGUCGCCCGAUCAUCAUGAAUCAGCUGAAAAUGCUGAUGGUGACGUUGAAAUGGGGGAUGCAGAUAUGACAGAUGGAAAUACUGCGCCUGCGGAGGAGGUUGAAGCCGCCCCAAUCACUGAAGAAGUCUCCACGAUACCUGUCCAACAGCAACGCACUCCCCCAGAUUCACCACCGACACCGGACGCUGAAGAGCACUCACCCAAUGUUCCUAAUGCUGCGGUUCCAGAAAUGGCGACGUCAGACGCCGAAGAUUCAACCACAGUAACUCAAGCGACUGCUCUCGCGGUUCCCGUGGAACCCGCUGCCGCUGGCGCCGCCGAUUCGGAAGCAGCUAUCAAGCAAGAAGUCAUCGGUGAUGAUGAAGUUGCGAAGGCGCAGGAAGAAGGGCGCAUGGAAAGGGAGUUGGCGAACGCGGAAGGCGAAGCCCGCACAGAAGCGGCCGCGAAGGCGGAGGCAUCCGAGGCAGUCGCAGAUCAAGGUCAACAAGGAGAUACAGCGUCGCAUACUAAUGUCCAGGAGACCACCGCGGAGACAGGGACCGACUCUGUUGAAGAGUCUUAG